CUUUUCCCGUAGUAACUAAAGAUGGUUUCAGCUAAAAAAAUCCGUAAAACUCAAGAAAACAUUGGCUCAAAAUUAGCCCUCGUCAUGAAAUCUGGUAAAACCCAAUUAGGUUACAGAUCAACCAUCAAAACCUUAAGAAAUGGUAAAGCCAAAUUAAUCAUUUUAUCAAACAAUCUCCAAAGCGUCAGACGUUCAGAAAUUGAAUACUAUGCUAUGUUAUCAAAAACCGCCGUUCACAUCUACAACGGUAGCAAUGUUGACUUAGGUACCUCAUGUGGUAAACACUUCAGAGUUGCUUGUCUCUCAAUUACUGAUGGUGGCGAUUCAGAUAUCUUAACUACUUUUGCCAAAUAAAUUUAAAUAAAUAUUAAUUUUUAUUU